AAGAUAAAACUUACUACGAAAUGAAUGUUCCUAAGCCUGACUGGGCUGAGCUCAGGAAGAGAAAAAACGGAUUUAAGACCAUGCAAGUGUCAAAUAAAUACAAAGGAAUCUUUAAACACAAAAGUAAUCCUUACACUUCUCACCCGCCUAACCUUCUGGUAAAAAGUGUUGAUAUUAGUAAGAAAACAAGAUCAAAGUAUGAUUUCGUUGACAAGGUUAUCACUACUUCUGCUGAAACCAAUCCUAAAUAACAAGGACUCUGGCUCUAAUAAGUCUCCCUCUGAAAUGGACUCAAAUUCUGAUUCAGAGAAAUCUGAUCAAAUAAGUGCUUCUGAGGAGUUCUUUCACAAUGAUCAAAAUGCACUCAUGAAUAACAAGCUUGAUCUUGAUAGGAAGGAAAACGAAAUCUUCAUAAUGAUGGUUAUUGGGAACUUUGAAGAUGACCAACCUGUAAAAGUACUCGGAAUGAAAAGAGACCAGAACAAACACUUCUGCAGAGUUCAGUGGAAACGAAGAAAAGAGGGAGUAUUACCCAGCCCAAGCUAUUAUCCAACCGAAGUGAUCAAAGCCAAGUGCAUCAGACUUCUAAUAGACUUCUACGAGACUAAGCUGCAGUUCAAGAAAAAGUUGAGAAGGUACAGAAACGAAUAGACUACUCGAGAGGUUAAUGGAGGGAAACCAAACUAUUUCAAGAUUUACAAACU